UACUGGUCAAGAAUAAUCGCAGUCUCUAUCUUUAAUUGGAAUUAUGUCGCAAUCAUCUUUCGUAGGUUUUAUUGAAACAAGGUAAGCAAACGGACACAAACAAACAUACAGGAUGUCUUCUUUCACAACGAGUCUAACCUGCUCGCAAUGGUUGGGGCAAACGCUUGGCGGUAUGCUUCCCGCCACAAAAAAAACGCGAAAAAACCUGCAGGACUACAUCAGUCAACCUGCUAAAGGUCCCCGUGUCUUGAUAGAACAAACGACCCAACCUCCUACAAGCUACAGAGGCGUUGUGCGCGACGCAGGAACUUUCGACGAGCCUGAGGAGGAGAUCGCUGAAGUCGCUUCGAACAAGAAGAACGUUCGGGUCGUCGAGUUUCGUGGCGUUCCCUUCGCGACUGCCAAACGCUUUCAAAAGCCACAGCUGCUGGGGAAGAAUAAGACAGACAGAAUGAAGACUAUGACAGCAAAAGUUAGGGAUGCUAAGCUCAAUAGUGAAGCCGAUAGGCUUAAGGUGGAGAAAGCUCUUGACGAUGAACAAGACUGCGGUUGUGGUGAAGGUGCGAUCAAAGAUCGCACAGGAGAGUGCCAGGAAGCCGCCCGUCAGAUCGAAAGUUGCGAAAAGCUGGUUACCGAGGAAAAUCAAAACGGAGAAAAUGCCAAUGGCGGGAGUGAUACGAGUGACAUUGUAAUCGACUGCACUACCUUCGGCCCAGCGUGCCCGCAGAACCCUCCUGAAGGACUGCGCGUGCUCCUAUCCGGCGAGAGCAUUGCGGCGUUGGUUAUAGAGCAUCUCUUUCCCCCCCUGCCCGAAAACCAGUCUUACAAUUUUGGGGCCCUUGACGAGGAGGAGUGCUUAAAUCUUAACAUUUACGUGCCUGUGGAGAUCAACAUCCUCCACGAGACGGACAAGAACGCGAAAUCUUCUCGUUCGGCAGCAUCCACUACCGCAUCUUCUGACUCAUCGGGAGCGCAUGGAGCAGACGAGGAGGAUGUCGAAGUAGAUGAGAAGAUGAAGAAGCCCACUGAAGAUCACGGCAUCAAUGAUUCCGUGGCCUUGAAGAUGGCGAAAAAGAUCAAGACUCAGAAAUUGCCGGUGUUGGUGUGGAUUCACGGAGGUGGCUUCUUCAUGGGGUCGAAUGUCGAUGGUGGUAUGUACGACGCUUCCAGCCUCGCGAAACAACUGAACAGUAUUGUCGUCUGUAUCAACUACCGUCUCGGCCCGUUCGGUUUUCUUCAUUUUCCGACACAAAAUGUCACCAACUUGGGAUUGCACGACCAAAUUUGCGCGCUGCAUUGGGUGAAGGGAAAUAUUGCUGCUUUUGGUGGUGAUCCCGACAGUGUUACAAUUAGCGGCGAAUCGGCCGGGGGGAUGUCCGUUUGUGCUUUGGUUGAAGCACAGAAAAACUUCGAGUUAGUUGGAAAAGCUUUCAGGAAUGAGCACUAUCAUGCUGACCAGGAGAAAAAGGACCACGAAGAUCACGACCAGGAGCAAGGCCACCAGGAGCACCGCGUGAUUAAGAAAAGCGUGGUCGUGAAGGAAAACGUAACAAGUGGGCUCCUAACUGCUGCUGCUGGAGGACAUGAUGCCGAUGCUGACGUCGAGCUGCUCUUCCACCGCGCUUUCGCUAUGUCUGGUGGGCGAGGCACGUACACGGACGUCCAAUGGCGCCGUGUGAGAGCAAAAUGGCUAGCAUCUUCCGUUUUCCAGAGUCAUCCUCUGAAUAAGAAGCUUCUCUCGAGUUUACCAUUGACAGCAGCUGCGAUCGUCCGAGCGUUUGGCAAUGUUGAGCAAUUAGCUGAGGAGAAGGAAAUACAGGUACCUGCAAUAAAGGCAUUUCAAUUCCAAAUCAAUAGUUGACUCACGACAGGAGAGACAGACUAAAAGCAGAUAAGUAUAUUUUAUUCUUUCAGGCUGACGCUGAGUGUUGUGUCUGUUCAUGUUUUAGUACUUAUAUAAUUUCUAUGCAGUCCUAUUAUGUUUAUGCAGUCGUUGUCGUAGACAAACGAACUGAAACGAAAGCCAUCCAAUUCAGAGUCAUAUACAUAUUCUAGUCUAAAUAAACUCUAUCCAUUUGAUCUGCGCCUUCGAGUUUGAAUCAAUUUGAAUAUUCAAAGUAUUCAAAAGUCUAACGAAUAGAUAUGUGACAGGUUGUUGUUGAAGAAUUCCUGCUAGCGGAGUUGAAGCGGCUCAGUCCGCAGGACUUGCUCGCGCUCACUGACCCAAUCAAGGAUGCGGUCAGUCAAGAUUUAUGUUGCAAUUGGCGACCGGUUGUCGAUGGCGAGACAGUGCAAACUUUUUCCGCAGAUUGGGACUUUCCGGCUGGUCGUGGUACUCAAGAUCAAAGAAAUCGCGCCGCUGUUCCGCUCAUCAUUGGGUUUAUGAACAACGAAUUGGAGGGAUUGAAAGACUUCGCUGGUCGCACUCCAAAAACGAAAGAAGAAGCACUAGAGAAAGGCCUCGGUCAGCAUUUCCUCGCGAUUACUCCUGCAGCAGUGAUGAAGGCAGCAGUGCGCUACUACGGCGUCGAAGACCAAGUCACUAGCACUACCAAGAAAUUGUCAGGCGGGGAGAUGUUGAAGUCCGCUAGUGCCACCUGCUGGAGGUCCUGGACUAGUAAAAAGAUUAAGUCAGCAUUGUUUUAUGAACCCGAGGUCACAGAAACCUCCGAGAAACUACUUGGAAACAUCUCCCGGAAAACUUCCCUAGAAUCUUCCCGGAAACUUUAGUAGCUUCCAGGAAACAACUAAUACUGCGCAGAUUCUUGGAAGUUUCCGCGAAGUUUCAACUAUCGGGAUCCGCGUAUUGGAUGGCGUCUAAUUGCUCUGCACAAAGCGACGAGGGCGAGAAGUAUCUUCUUGUUCUUCUGUAAAAACUCAAACAUCGAAGGAUGUUCAGCAUCAAGAAGAUCUUCCUUCGUCAGAGUCAUUUUGGGAGGAACGAGCGGAAAGACUGUGGACUUCAGUUGCUAAAGCUCUAGAAAAGAGAUCAGAUAAUAUGGCGCCAACUGUGGAAGAGGUGCGGGAUGCCCUUGUCAACCUCUUCCAAUUCGACGAACCCGAGUUUGCCUUUGCGGUCUCUCACGCUGCCUCUGGUAAUGUGCAAUUUUAGCAUUUUCUGAAUUUCUCUGAUAGGGAUCGCAUGAAGAUUUAGCCGCUAUCAAUUCGCUCUGUUCGAUUCAAACAUGAAAAACGACAGCAAUAAGAAUUAAACAAAAUCUACUUAAAUAGGAACAGCUGCGAAUACGUGGCUUUACAUUUGCCACCAUUGCGAGAAAGACGCUCACGGGGACGAUAUCUUGCUUCUCUUUCAUUCCUCCCUUUGUUGCGAAUGCAAGUCUGCAAGGGAAAACUCAUUUCGUGAAAGAAGUGAAGAAAAAGUUGACUAUAACCUUCCGUUGAAGAGCGAGGAGGGACGCCGGAAAGCGUCGCCAGCUAUCAAAAGUUACCUCCACAUGCUUCGGAACUUCGUGCAUCACGGGGACCCCAAUGGCCAACAAGAGGAAGAAAAGCUGCCAGUGCACUGGCCCUCGCUGGGGGAACAAGGUGGAGGAUUACAAUUAGAAAAUCCGAAGUUCCUUCGAUUCGGCCGUCGUUGGAAAGAAGAGCUGGACGAUCCCAGAACCGAAUUAUUGGAAAUCCGCAAUCUGAAAGAAGAUCGCGAAGAGGUUAUCGCGUGGCGGCAGCUGAAGAAAGAAAUACUUGACAAGCUCAAGCAGAACUGUUGAUGUUGAACUGGAGGGACGAUACCUAAAAUGCAGAAAGAUGGGUUGCUAUUUGUUUGUUUUCAUCUGUUGUAAAAAAAAAGAACUGUCUGCAGAAAGAGUGUAGUGCGAUCUAGUAAAUUAGUUUGGCGGUUGUCCUUGCCCUAGACUGACGCAGAAGUUUAGAGCCAUAAAAGCUAAACGGGCGCGAUCUACUAGGUUUGGCGACGUCCUUGACAAAGAAGAUGAACAGCAAUUUAGACCAUAAGGCAAAGCACCUCGUAUUG